CAUUCCCCGCCUCACACACUUAACGACAUUCCCAGCAUUCCAAAGCAAGACCUCCAGCACUGUUGAGCUGCAGAGCAAGCAAGAUGGCAACAGGGUAUGCACAAUACUCAAGACACAGUCUACCUUAUCCAACCGAUCACUGGAGUAAAACAAAGAUAAAGACGUUCCGUCGAACACAGCUACCAACUGGCAAUGUAAUAGUUCUCUGUGCCCCAGAAGUUCCUACUUUAAGGACAAGGAGAUACAGUCUUGACAUUACUCAGUUCAACAGAGCUGGGCUGGUCUCUCGUGGUAUGGGUAGCUCUCAACUCAACGCCGAAAUGAACACCGAGCUCCCCCCACUCACCCUCUCCCACCACCUCAGUACCCCAGGGCCUGGAACAAGCCAGCGCCCCCACAGGGUCUCCUCUGCAAUAACGAGUCAAGACAGAGCUAAGAGGGGCUUCAAGUACUGGGUUGACGAGAGCAAACCAAGCGGUAAUCCAAAAGCAAGGGUUACCAUGGGAUGCAAAGGAACCUUCCUUGGAAUGGGUGUACCACGACUAUAAAAGAAGACUAUAAUGUGCACAUGAACUUUAAUUCUCCCAAUAUCAACAUUAUGCAUACUUAUCACUAUAUACAGAGCUGAUAUAAGUAUUAUGUAGACUAUGCAAUAUUAGUGCAUGUAAAAUGUGUCUUAUUGUUAUGUUAAAAUACUAGCAGAUUAUUUUGAAA